UGAAGCGGGGAAAAGCAGUAAUGUAAAAGUCGUCGUUCGUGUUCGGCCUUUGAACGCAAUGGAGUCUUCAGGAAAUCACAGAAAUGUAGUUCGGCCCAUGGACGAAAGGGUCGUUGUUUUUGAUCCUCGCGACGAUUUUGAUGCUGACAGUUUUAUACCAAGUAAACGAAUACGGCGACGAAGUAAUAUUUUAGACCGCCGUGUGAAAGAUUUAAGGUUUAUAUUUGAUCGUGUCUUUGAUGAAACCGCGACAAACCAAGAUAUUUUUCAUCAUACUACAAAGACUAUUAUUGAUGGAGUUCUCAACGGGUAUAAUUGUACUGUGUUUGCCUAUGGUGCUACGGGCGCUGGGAAGACUCAUACUAUGUUAGGAAAUGAUAAGAUGCCUGGAGUAAUGUUUUUGACUGUGAUGGAUUUAUUUAAGAGAAUUGAAGAGAUGAAACAUGAGAAGACUUGUGAGGUUGCUGUCUCGUAUCUUGAG